CACAGGCGCAGUGGGGCGGCUGAUGUUUACGGCGGCAGAGGUCGGGGCAGCGCAGCCGGGCCGCGGACGGGCGAGGGGCGCCCGAGGAGCUGCUGGUCGCGGCCCAGGCGGCCUGAUCUCGCGGGCCGGCCGAGCCCGGAGGUACCUCAGGGUCAUUUGGAUUCAUUCGAUAUUAUGAACUACAAACUUACUUCUGGAUGGAUACAAUGGAAUUUCAUACAUAACUUUUGUAUUGCCUGAGUGUGGUCUUGACGAUGGGAGGUGCUGUGAGUGCUGGUGAGGACAACGAUGAACUGAUAGACAAUUUGAAAGAAGCACAGUACAUCCGGACUGAGCUGGUGGAGCAGGCUUUCCGAGCUGUCGACCGCGCAGACUAUUAUCUGGAAGAAUUUAAAGAAAAUGCGUAUAAAGACCUGGCGUGGAAGCAUGGAAACAUCCACCUGUCAGCCCCGUGCAUCUACUCAGAAGUCAUGGAAGCUCUGGACCUGCAGCCAGGCCUCUCCUUCUUGAACCUGGGCAGCGGCACUGGCUACCUCAGUUCCAUGGUGGGGCUCAUUCUAGGUCCUUUUGGUGUGAACCACGGGGUUGAACUCCAUUCAGAUGUAAUAGAAUAUGCAAAGCAGAAGCUGGACUUCUUCAUUCGAACCAGUGACAGCUUUGACAAAUUUGACUUCUGUGAACCUUCCUUUGUUAUUGGCAAUUGCCUGGAGAUUUCUCCAGAUUGUUCUCAGUACGAUCGUGUGUACUGUGGGGCUGGUGUGCAGAAAGAGCAUGAAGAAUACAUGAAGAGUCUUCUCAAAGUAGGGGGCAUCCUUGUCAUGCCGCUGGAGGAGAAGUUGACUAAGAUAACACGAACUGGUCCUUCUGCUUGGGAAACCAAAAAGAUUCUGGCUGUUUCUUUUGCUCCUCUGAUCCAGCCCUGUCAUUCAGAGACAGGAAAAUCAAGACUUGUCCAGUUACCGCCACUGGCCGUGCGAAGCCUCCAGGACCUGGCUCGCAUCGCCAUCCGGGGCACCAUUAAAAAGGUCAUUCGUCAGGAAACGGUGAGCAGCAGUGGAAACGGACUGAAGAGCACUCCGGGGGUGAAACGAAGGAGAGUGCGCCGCCGUCGAAUGGAAACGAUCGUCUUUUUGGACAAAGAGGUUUUUGCCAGUCGGAUUUCCAGCCCCUCUGACGACAACAGCUGCGAGGACUUGGAAGAGGAGUCGCGGGAGGAGGACAGAGCCCCCCCGCCCGAAGCCAAGCCAGCCCCACCGGUGAACUUCCUACGGGAGAAGGUCCUGAGCCUCCCUCUGCCAGACCCCCUGAAAUACUACUUGCUGUAUUACAGGGAGAAGUAAGUCUGUGGGAACAGGGCACCGAGGCAGAGCUGAUGCUGUGCCUGCUGUCCCCGAGGGGUCGCCCGGGCACGUGCCGUGGGGAAGGAAAGUGCUCUCCUCUCGACCUUCCUGUCUUUAGUUCGUUCUUGGUUUUCCUGUAGAAUCUCCAUUCAGUGGUAUCAUUUCAGUAAACAUAAUCUGAUAAACAUAAAGUGCAUAGGAGAAGGUUUUCUCAGAAGGGAGAGCAUCUCUUGAGAAGGGUGUUUGCUUUUUGUUCUGAUGAAACUGACGUCUGCCUGCAGAGACCGCUUUGGUGACCGUCUCCCACUCAAGAUAACCUACGAAGACUGAAGUUGAAAGGAACCUGUGUUGCUUAGAAAAAGUGAAAGUGCAAGUUUGCAAGUGUGUAAAAUCUUUUCUGGGUGUGACACACCUGUGUCCAAGUUAGCACUUUAUGGUGUCAGCCUUGUAAUUACUGGCGCUGAGCUCCCCUAACCCUUUUAGUUCUCUGGAUGGGGGGAGCGUUAUUGAAAAGCUCUCCCUUAUUUUAAAUAAAUGUAAUUAGAUUGUAUGUGGGUUGUCCAUUGUAAUUUUAAAAGAGAGAAAUUUGUGAUGGGGGAGGAGGAAUAAAAGUAUCAAACUGCCAGAUGUCUUUCUGGGAUUCCAAAAUAAUUCAAGGAAUAUCUUCCUGACGCCUUUUCUUACCUUUAGAAGAACCAGUGUCAGAUAAUCCCUUAAAGAAAAUACUCAAGAAUGAAGCGAGCAUUGUGCGCAGUGAGCUGCCUUACUUUUACUCCAACGGUGGGGAUGACUGUUGACGCAACCUUGAGUGUGUUAAUGGGUGUCUAGGGCAUGGAUGUGCUCGGUCCUCAAAACAGGUGGGAAGUAUUAAGACUGCAGGAAAAAUACAUUGGAGACAAUGUCACAACAACCUGUGCUGUUUUUUCUUUUUUCCUUCAGUUGGCUACUUUUCUGUAAUCACAUUAAAGUAAUGAUUAAUAGAUUUUAUCUUUUAUAAUUCCGGAGAAGAAGAUGUGUUAGUUUUCUAAUUUUUCUUAAUAACAAAUGUAUGUAUUUUAGUAGCUCCAUUGCAUUAGAAUAACAACAGUCUAACCCCCAGGGACUUGUGGAUUCUACCUUCUCUAGGCCCUUUGUGUUGACAGGUUUCUGUGUUUACCAAGUUCCAAAACAUUGGUUCUUUUCCAACUUGCUUUUUGUGCCCAAAGAAGAAAACAGUGGUAUCAAAUGUUAACAGUAGACCCAAACUCAGAGUGCUGCUGUGGGAUCAAUCAUCCAGAUUUUAUGACUGAUUUUAUCCGGUGUUGCUGAGCUUGAGUGUGUCUUUGUGGUUUCACCAGCUGAACCGAGUUCUGCUUAUUUAUUUAUUUAUUUAUUCUUAGACUUCUCUUGUUUUUUAAGUAAUUUAAUCAUUUUCUACAGGAUACUAUGUGCAUGCAGAGCUGGGAAAAUAUGUCUGUUGCCCUAGAUCUGGAAAUGUAAUUUUUUAUAAAGACAGUUACUUCACAGUUGUUCUCAACCUGGCUUCUAACGGAAGGCUGGGCGUCACUGUCUCAGAAGCGCCCAGUUUACAUUUACGUGAGGACUUGAGAUCACUUAGUGGUGCGCACGUCUGUGCCGACGUCACGCUGACCGGAGUGUACUGAUCUCUGCGAUCCACGGACAUUCGGAGCAUAAGGUCAAAUACAUAUUUGUGAAAUCUGUCACACUGGGUGGCUUGACUAAGUUCUUUUCCUAUAAUUGUACAUGGGUUUUAUUUAUUUUUUAAAUCACAUUUGCCUUCACGCUAGACUGUAAAGCCUCUUCACCGUGCAUAAGACAUGUUUUUCCCUACAUAGGUUAGACCUUUGCUAACAUUUGUGUUCGUAUUUACAUGUUGUCUGUUUGCGAUACUUAAACCAGAAUUUGAUUACAAAAAUAUAUAUAGAUGUAAUAUAUGUGAAAUAGUUUGGUGUUUAUCUUAUACACGUAGAGAAGAAUUGUAAAUGGGUUUUCCCGGGCCGGAGUGCCCCUCCCCAGAGUCCAGGAUGAUGCACUGCUGUCUGUUCCCCGACACAUGGAUUAUGUAUAGUCUGUGUGGCCUGUAACCUCUGUAUUGUAAACCACUUUCUAGACAGCUGUGGACUUUUAUGUUCUGAGGAGUAUGUAUUUCUGUGUGUGAUUUGUGUCUUGAAAGUAGUAAAGCCACAGACACGUACACAGCAAAUGUCAAAUUUAUAAAUAUCAAGGAUGCAGUGUAAAAAUCAACUGUGUAUGUAAGAAUGCUUUUGCCAGUCUGGACCUUUCAGGGAAUUAAUGCCAGAAGUUUGAAACCAAGAUUUUAAUGAGUAGAUACACAUUGGGUAAAUACAAAUGCUAUCAAUAAACCUCGUUCAGGCACUUCAGCCUUCUUGGCUUGGCUUGUGUUUCCUGUGUGGGAUUGAAAUUCUUGACUAUAUGUUUUCCAAAAAUCUUUAAAAAUAAACCUUUUCUUUAUUAGAA